AUGGCUUCCUCCGCAGCUGCUCCACCUACGUCGAUUCCGUCAUUAAAUCUUCCUCCAUCCCAAUUCGCCCGACUUCAACCUCACGCCUACUUGCUCGCCCACCUCUCCCCUCCAGCCGCGAGCUCCCAGCCUUCAGUCCGCGCCAAUGGCCGCGCGACUUCCCAAUUUCGUGUAACAUCUGCCAACGCUGGCUCUUUAACUCACACAAACGGCAGCGCAGUCGUACGGAUCGGCGAUACAGCCGCCGUAUGUGGUGUGCGAGCGGAACUACUUCACACUGAUGACAUCGCUUCCUGGAGUGUGUCGAAUGCCUCGUCGGAAGAAGAUGGCGACGCCUCGACCCAAAAAAGAGACUCAAAGACUGAAGACGAGGACGAUCGCGAGCACAUCCAAGAUCUGAACCUACUAGUUCCCAAUCUUUCCUUGAGCACUGGGUGUGCUCCAGGCUUUACAGCCGGUGCGGCGCCCUCUGCACUGGCCCAGUCCCUCUCUCACGACAUUCUUUCUCUCUUGCACACUACCCGAUUCGUCAAAGCGGACGACCUGCGCAUCUGGUAUCAGCCACCGAAUCUUGAAGCGGAGGAGUUCCGCAAUGCGGGCGCGGAGAUGGACGUGGACUCAGAACAAAGUGGUGGACCUGAACCGGAGAUCAAGGCUUUCUGGGUGCUCUAUAUUGAUAUCAUGAUUAUAUCGAUGGCUGGAAACCCCGUCGAUGUGGCUUGGGCUUCCGUUUUGGCUGCGCUGCGUGAUACAAAGCUUCCCAAGGCUUGGUGGGACGCUGAUCAUGAGACAGUCCUUUGCUCGGACAACAUUGCCGAGGCACGAAAACUGUCUCUGCGUGGCUUGCCCAUUUCUAGCUACUUCUGUUCUUUCGAGGCUGACGCCGCGGCUGACUGGCGAUCUGUCGUCAUUCCCGAUGCCGAGGAACUGAAGGCACAGAAGCAAAAGCAAGGUACUCAGCAAAGGUGGAUUCUGGCAGAUCCUGAUGGAUAUGAGGAAGGUAUGUGCCAGGAGAGGGCAUGUGUUGUUGUCGAUGUCGAGGAUGGAAAGACGGUCAUUUUGAAAUUGAAUAAGCACGGUGGCUGGGCAUUGGAUAGUGAAGAUCUACGGGAGCUUGUGAAUGUUGCUACGCAGAGAUGGCAUGAGAUGAAGCGGAUACUAGAUCAAUGCUGA